AUGCUAGGCACGUCCACGAGAGACCUCGUAUGGCACGUACCGAGGCCUUACGAAGCCCGAACGAGCCGAAGUGCGAAGAUACGGGCUGUCCGAGUAUCUGAAGAUACAGUGAAAGCCCCCAUGAAAUUCCAAGCGCUCACCAACGCUACACUGACCAUGUCCUGGCUAUGCGUAGCCGGAGAACCACACCAACUGCAUGCCAGUAGAACGGGCCCGGCGGCUUGGAUCACACGACGCGAUCUGGAUCGUCCAGGCAACGUUGGACACUACCUAGAUUCGAACGAUAUCGCAAUAGCUUUUGCGCACGAGGGUAACUAUGGCAUAGCCAUGCUGCAAGAGCCAUGGAUAAAAGCGAAGGACGGAGAACCGAGACAAGGGGAUAUUGCGGGUAUCAGGCUUUCAGACCAGUGCACUACUGGGAAGACGACGACACCCGAUCCCGGGUUAUCACAUAUUCCAGGUGUGGAAGCUACAAUCGAGGAGCACCUCACCACCAACUCUAACCACUUCACAUUCUCUCACCAUUCCAGCGAUGAGAGCCAGCAUUACGUGAAGCCAGGUGUUGCACAAACCCCCACUGCGCUGAGUGCCAUGUCCCUAUCAGCAGACCCUGGUGGCACCUUUCGUCUAGAUGCUCAGAACGAUAGGAUGAUUGCGUAG